UAAUAACAAACUAUAAACUUUACACUGACAUUUUUAUUUGGAAAUUUGAAAACUUAUUCCAAUUUCCAUUCUAGAUUAUAUUUUUCAUGAAACACAAUGUUUUUGUAAACGGAAAAUAUUUUAACACAAAUUUAAUUUCAUUAUUAUGCCUACUAUAGCUGAAGGUGGUCCUGAUUAUAAUAAACAUGUUUUUAACUAUAGUCGUAGUUGGACAGAUGAUUUACCUGUUUGUAAAGUUUCUGGUGUUGGAUACUUAACCCGACAAAGAUAUGAUGAGUUAGGUCAACGUCAAGAAGAAUUGGAAUCGGAAGAUAUUAGUCUUCGAUGUUGCUAUGAUGAUGGUGUUGUAUGGUUGUAUGGAAUUUUUAAUGGUCACAAUGGUGGAGAAAUGGCUCGGUUUGCACGUGAUCGUAUUGCUGCAGACAUUUUGUUAAGUCAGUUACCUACUACUGAAAUGGAUGAAGUUACAAAAGAAAUAAUUCAACAAAGUUUUCUUUCUGUUGAGAAAUCCUAUAUUGAAACUAUUGAUAAUAAAUUACUUCAAAGAGCAAGUCUUCAACUUCAACUUCCUGAAGGGAUAUCUCAUUAUGACGCAUAUCAACAAUAUCCUCAAAUUAUAGAAAAAUUGAAGGAACUUGAUGAAGAAUUAUCAUGUGGUACUGGAGCAGCAAUAGCUAUACUUAAAAAUAAUCGUUUAUUUGUGGCCAAUGUUGGGGAAAGUCGUUUAUUAUUAUGUAAAACUGAUAAAGAUGAUGUUUUAAGAGUUGUGCAGCAUACAGUUGACCAUAACUUGACUAAUUUAGAUGAAGUAAUGCGGAUGACCAAUCUUGGACUCAAAAUUUCUGAUGGAAAGAUUAAUGGUAGCAGAACUCUUGGAAAUCAAUCCUCCACUCGGUGUUUAUGUAAUUACAUGAUAAAAGGUGCAUAUAAAGAUUAUGAUGAACUUCGAACAGCUUCUACUGAACCAAUUAUUGCUGAACCUCAUGUAGAUGGUGGUAUUUCUAUUGAUUCGUCAUAUAGAUUUAUGAUGAUUGCUUCUCCGGGUCUUUUGAAAACAUUAGAAGAAGCAACUGGCACUAACCAAGUAAACAAAGAAUUAGCAUUAUUAGUAGUAGAACAAUUACGAGUACAAUCUACAUUGACUGGUGUUGCACAAGCAGUUGUUGACCACAUAGCACGAAUAUAUCAUGAUACUUACGAAGCACAAGAUAAUGCUAUGGGAGCAACUCGUCCUAAUAUUAUGUUGAUGAUACGCAACUUCAAUUUUGCAAUGCCUAAUGCAAUUACAGAACAACAACAUAGUUGGAAUAGCUCAUACGAUCAAGACACAGCAAUAAACUUAACUCAAACCACGACAUCAACUACAACUGAUCCUUCUAGUGGAUCCACCAAAAGUAUAUUACCAUAUGUUGAUUUUAGUGAAUUUAACACAAAUGUUGAUGCAGCUAGGGCAAAAGGCAACCUUCCUUCAAAUAUAAACUUUUUUUACGAUUAG